CCUGUAUUCGAGAAACAUUGUACUAAAAUGGAGUGUAAUAAAAACAUGUACCGGUACGUUGAAAAAACUAUCGAUAUAAAAUGGAAAUUAUUUCGUAGUAUUUUGUAUUCUUUCGGUUUCGAAAGAAAAAUUAAAAUGGAUUUCAUGGUUUUCGCCGUGUUCGCGUUAUUGACCAAUUAUUGUUUUAUCGAUGGAUGUAGAUCGAAAGAAACCUCGCUGAAAAUUAACAUCGAAGGACACUUGAAAAAAUCUAAAUCCGUCGAACCACAUAGCUCGUUCGAAAGUAAUUCAGAAACUGUACACGCUGCAGCGCAACAAGUCCCAGUACUAUAUCCAUAUCCGUACCCCGUACCUGGAGUCUAUUACCCCACAGCAAACACCGGAAACAUCGAGUUCGAAAGAGUACCGGAAAUUUUCCAGUCUCAAAAUACUCAAUUCAUAGAGACAAUCUCUCCGCCACAAUCAGCACCGGCUGUGAUUCCAGUUCCUAUACCUGUUGGAGGUGUUCACACCGAACCUUAUAGUCCAUAUCAGCCAACGAAUGUGUCUCCAACUCAAGAACAAAAUGUCCAACCUGUUUUGGUAAAUCCGAUCGCUACUCCUGAACCAGAUAGAAGACAAGACUUUGGUACAACUACAGUAUCAAUAGGUGGUUCCGCAGGUGCUCAUAGUUUCAGUGACUCUCAAUAUUAUCAGCCUGGUUUUGGAAGACCACCACAGCCUCAGCAGCCAUCCCCGCAAUAUAACGCGUGUCAAAACAAACAAUGCAGACCCGGCUCCAAAUGUGUACUAAGACGUAACCCAAAUUGUCCCAGAUGCUCGUUGAUCCCAGUCUGCGUCGACCCUUGCGAAACAGUCCGUUGUGCUUCAGGGUAUAUUUGCAAAGCUGAAGUAGGUCACUGUGGUACACCUUACUGCGAGCCAAGAGCCAUUUGCAAAGAUCCUUGCCAAGGACUAUCUUGUCCCGGAAACGAUAACUGUACAUUGAUCUCAUUACCGUGUACAACGUCCUGUGAUCCGGUCCCGAUCUGUGGACGGGAUCCUUGUGAAACGACAACGUGUCCUUUAGGUCAAGGAUGCUAUUUACAAGAACAUUUCUGCUCCAGACCGCCUUGUAGGGUGGAAGCGGUAUGCAGAGAUCCUUGUAAAGGAAUCGUAUGCGGUCCGAAUGAAUUCUGUUAUACCGAAGACGUAACCUGUAUUAAAGCUCCUUGCAAUCCGAUUCCUUAUUGUAAAAAUCCUUGCGAAUCGUUAUCGUGUCCUGUAGGGCAACAUUGCGAAUUGGAACAAGCGUUUUGUAUACGGACACCUUGCAAUCCUAUUGCUACGUGUAAGAGGCAAGUACGUAAAAUAUUUGCUCGUGACUAUGAUUAAUUAAAUAGGUAGGUACUUAUUGUAAUUUUUUAUACUUUUUUUUGUCAACUAAUUAAAUAAAUAAAUGUAAGUAUACUUAAUCGAUCA